GUAAAUUAUCUUAAUCUACUGUUCAAUUCUUUCAGCUACUACUACUACUUUACAUCUACAAUCACUAUGGGUAACAUUUGCAGAGCUACCAAGUCCAGUAAAGUUAUUGAUCCUCCUUCCGCAUUUGACGAGAGGUACACCCUGUUAGACCACAUUGGAGAAGGAGGAUUCGGAGAAGUCUACACCUGCUUGGAAGUGGAGAGUGGAGCUACCUUUGCUGCCAAACUUAUAACAAACUCCAGAGUUACAGAAUGGAGCAAGUCUGACGUGGAACGAGUCCCGAUGGAGGUGAAAGCCAUGGCUUCCUGUGAUCAUCCCAACAUCAUCAAGCUUCUGGACUACUUCAUCUAUCAGAAACAUUCUAUCCUUGUUAUGGAAAAGCCACUCGACUCAGCGGAUCUCUUCAACUACACAGCUUACCUUGGGGGAGUAUCAGAAACCGAGACCCGACAGAUAAUGAAACAGAUCCUUGAAGCUGUCUGGUACCUUCACUACGAUGCUAGAAUAGUUCACAGGGAUAUCAAACCGGAGAACAUACUGGUCGACGUCCGCAACAAGUCUUGCAAGCUGAUCGAUUUUGGAGCUGCUACCUGGUUCCACCCCAACACCUACUCAGAAUUCUCUGGAACUAGACUGUACGCUCCUCCUGAACUCCUUCUCACUGGAAAAUACAAAGCUGAAGCCCUGACUACCUGGUCUCUUGGAGCUACCCUCUACUUUACCCUCUUUUCUAGACUACCCUUCCCCAACGAGCAAGCUAUAGUGGACUGUACCAUCCGCCUCCCUUCAAGUUGCUCCCUCUCUCCAGACUGCCUUCUGUUCCUGCAAUCUUGCCUUCAUCCCAAUCCUGCUAGACGACCCUCUGCCGAUGGACUACUGAAACACCCCUGGCUAGCAAACAUUGGAUUCUUCCUCCAGUAA